AUGGGAGACAACAUACCUGGAGGAAUAGUCGCAGCUGCAAAGAACCGGCUGCAGGUGGUGAAGGGUUUGGAGGAUGUGGAGGUGUCUGAGUGUGAGAGCUGCUCCUUUGAGGUGACCCUCAACCUGGCCUACAUCGAGGGCGUGUGGAGCAGGGAUGGGAUGCAACUCAAGUCCAAGCCCAACUGUCGCAUCAGCAGGCACGGGAAGAAACAUUCCCUCAUACUGAACAGGGCGGCUCUGGGAGAUGCAGGCCUGUUCUCUUUCCAGGCUAAUGGCAUUCAGACCUCAGGCCAACUCAGUGUCAGAGCUAGGGACAUCAACAUAGUGAAGGAGCUGGAAGAUGUUGACACAAUUGAGCGUCAACCCGUGAACUUCAUGUGUGAGGUCAAUCAGGUGGAUGUGGAUGGUCGUUGGCACCGAAAUGACAGCAGGAUCCGAUCUGGGCACAACAUCAAGAUCAGACACCAGGAUAAAACUCACACCCUGGUCUUUGAGUCAGUCAGGCCAGAGCACGCUGGAGAGAUCAGAUUCACUGCUGAGCGUGUGUCAUCCUAUGCAACUCUCACAGUUAGAGAGCUCCCGGUCCAAAUAGUGCGCCCUCUAAGGGUGAAGAUUGCAAUGUACCACCACCGGGGUCUGCUGGAGUGUCAGGUGUCACGACCCAAUGCUCAGGUCAGGUGGUACAAGAACAGGAAGGAGCUCGUGUCCAGUAAGAAGUACCAACUGAUCAGCCAAGAUGUCUACAGGCAACUGACCAUCGACGACAUCUGCUCCUCGGAUGAAGACACUUACACCUGUGAUGCCGGAGAUGAUACGACCUCGUGUCAGCUUCUGGUGGAGGAGCAGGCUAUCCGCAUAGUGCGGGGGCUGAGCUCAGUGGAGGUGAUGGAGCCGAUGCCAGCACUGUUCCAGGCGGUGACCAGUCUGAAGUCUGGGAGGCCUCCACGAUGGACCCUGAACGGUGAGGUGCUGGAGUCGUGUGCAGCGGUGAACAUCGACAGGGACGGCAACCUCCACAGUCUCUGCCUCACCUCCACGGACAGCUCCAUGUCUGGCCCCGUGGUCUUUGUAGCAGGCAAGAGUCGCUCCAAUGCUCAGCUCACUGUGACGGAGCGACCUCUUCAGGUUGUUCACCACCUGGACGAUGCAAAGGUGAAGGAGAACAGCUCUGUGACUCUGAGCUGUCAGUUUGCUCCUUCUCCCCGGGUGGUGCGGUGGUUUAAAGGUCGCACUGCUCUGAAGACCACAAACAAGUACAGCAUGAAGAGAGACGGGAAACGAGCAGAGCUGACCAUCCAUGGCCUGACUGGGAUGGACGGAGGGCAGUAUCGCUGCUUGGCUGGAGGUUCACAGAGCACAGCACAUGUUACAGUAGAAGUGCGCACGCUCAAGCUGGUCAAACACCUCGAGCCAGUGGAAAUUGAGGAGGAGGGUUUUGCCACCUUCUCAUGUGAGCUCAACUACGUGGUCGCCAACGUGGAGUGGCUCGUCAACAAUGUCCGGAUCUACUCCAGUGCCAUCAACAGGAUCCAGCACAUGGGCACAAUGCAUAGCCUCACAGUGAAGAAGCUGCAGCCUCAGCAGAGCAGGGUCACCUUCAAAGCAGGCCUUCUUUCUGAGACUACAAUCUUAAAGGUCAAAGCACGUCCGGCAGUGUUCCUGAGGUCUCUGGAGGAUGCAGUAGGAGAAGAGCUGGGAGAGGUCUGUCUGCAGUGUGAGAUUUCCAAAGAGACAGUGACCCCUGUUUGGAGAAAGGAUGGUAUGGUCCUGACGGCGGAUGAUAAACAUGAACUGCUCCAGUUCGGGAGGUCCAUGGUACUGAUCAUCCAUUCACUCAGCAAAGAUGAUGCUGGACACUACACCUGUGACCUGGGGACCAGCCAGACCAAGGCUAAAGUCACAGUACAUGACUUGCACAUCACCAUUGUUCAUCGUAUGAAGACAACCUCUGUCCUGGAGGGUGAAAGCUGCAACUUUGAGUGUCUCCUUUCUCACAAUCUCGACGAUGAGGCUUCCUGGACAAUCAAUGGCCAGGUGGUGGUCACCAACAGCCGUAUCCAGGUUAUCAACAACGGCCACAAGUAUGAGAUGACCAUAAGAGAUGCCAUGCUCUCUGAUGCCGGAGACGUGGUCUUUACGAUUAAAGACCUCAGCUGUAGAACCAUGCUUUUUGUUAAAGAGAAACCAGUGCACAUCUUCAGGGACCUGCUGAACGUGAAGGCGGUGCCAGGCGAGGACGCUGAGCUGAGCUGUGAAAUCACCAAACCAGAGGUCCCCAUCCGUUGGCUAAAAAAUGGUCAUCUGAUCAGACAGAGCCCGAAGUACGAGAUGAGUGUGGAGAAGAACUUGGCGCGGCUGGUGAUCAGGAACACCACCAUCAGAGACUCUGGAGAGUACUGCUGUGAGGCUGAGGGCGUUGCCACCCGUGCUAAGCUGGAGGUUCGAGAACUCCAGCACACGUUUGCGAGGGAGUUGAGGGACGCGCGAGCAGAGGAAAAAGCCAAAGUGACCCUUGAGUGUGAGACCAGGCAGCCAGCCAAACGUGUGAUCUGGUUGAAGGGAAUGGUGGAGCUGAGGUCUGGAAGGAAGUACGUCCUCAGGCAGAAGGGAGUGCUGCUGUCUCUGACCAUCUCCUGUCUGGACAAAUCGGACACGGAUAUUUACACGUGUGACGUCGGCACCAUGCAGAGCCGGGCACAGCUGACCGUGCAGGGCCAAAAGGUUUUGAUUCUGGAUGAACUAGAGGACGUUGAGUGUCUGGAAGGUGACACAGUCACAUUCAGAUGUCGAAUCUGUCCCAGCGACUACAUUGGGGUUAAAUGGUACCUGGAUGAGACUCUGCUGUACACCAAUGAGCUCAAUGAGAUCCAGAUGGUGCCCGGAGGCUACAACAUGCUCACAUUUAAACAGCUCGCCCGUAAAGACACCGGCACUAUUUCCUUCUCGGCAGGGGACAAAAGAUCGUACGCCUCACUGCUUGUAAGAGAGAGGCGUCCCACCAUCAUUAAAGCACUGGAGGACUGUGAGGCUAUAGAAGGAGGUGGUUUGGUUUUGUCCUGCGUGACCUCGAAGCCGUGUCACAUCCUGUGGUACAAAGAUGGCUGCCUGAUGUGGAGCUCCUCCAGAUACUCUGCCAGUCGCUCGGGCUGCGAGGCUCGACUGACGUUUCGGGAGGUGUGCAACAAUGAUGCUGGGGUGUACGAGUGCAGUGCAGGUUCUGUUACCACUAGAGCUGUUGUAACUGUCAAAGCCAUUCCUGCAGAGUUCACCAAGACCCUGAAAGCUGUGGAGGCCAACGAAGGAGAGACUGUGACCCUGACCUGUGAGUACUCUCUGCCGGGGGUUCAGGUCAUCUGGAGGAAAGGCUUUGAGAGCAUCAGGCAUGGAGACAAGUAUGUGAUGAAACAGAGAAGGACAAUCAACUCUAUAACCAUCAAAGCCCUGAAGCCCGAGGACUCGGGAGAAUAUACAUGUCAGUGCCGUGAUCACCGCACAACGGCCAGUGUCAAAGUGCUCGCUAUUCCCAUUUCAUUCAUACAACAACUGAGGAACACGCAGGCAGAGGAGGGCAACAAUGUGACAUUGCGCUGUGAGCUCUCCAAACCUGUGAUUACAUUUGAGUGGAGGAAAGGAGAUGAGCUGUUGAAGAACGGGAUCAAGUUCCAGAUCAAGAGGAGGGAGACCACACUGGAGCUUCUGAUCUGGAAGACUGUGCACGAGGACAGUGGGGUCUACAGCUGUGUGUGUGCUGAUCAGAUGACAUCGGCCACCGUCAAAAUCACUGCUCUCCCAGUCACAUUCAAGCAGAAGCUGAGGAACGUGCUGAUCGAGGAGGGCAACACCGCGACGUUCCGCUGUGAGCUGUCUAAGCCUGGUCACACUGUGGAGUGGAGGAAGAGGGGGGAAGAUCUCCUCAGGAACGGAGAGAAAUAUCACAUACGGCAGAGAGACAUGCUGAUUGAACUGAGGAUCCUCGAUGUGACGCCUGACGACAGCGACAUCUACACAUGCAUCUGUGGAAACAUAGAGACGACUGCAACUCUGACUGUAAAUGCUCUACCCAUCACCUUCAAGCAAAAGCUGAAGAACCUCCAAGUUGAGGAAGGCAACAACAUCACGUUGUGUUGUGAGAUCUCUAAACCUGGAGUCCCGGCGGAGUGGAGGCUCGGAGGAGAAGAGCUAGAGAACGGAGAGAAGUACCAGAUGAAGCAGAGGGACAGAGCUCUGGAGUUGACCAUCAGAGAAGCUGUGCCAGAGGACAGUGGUGUAUACACCUGUGUGUGCAGAGAUCAGAGGACGAAGGCCACUGUUAAAGUUAUCGGUGUUCCUGCCACAUUUAAAGUCAGCCUGAAGAGCCAGGAGGCUGAAGAGGGGAGCGGUGUGACGUUACGCUGUGAGCUGUCCAAGAAGGGCGUCCUGCUGCAGUGGCAGAGAGACGGUCAGGUGCUUUCUGAGGAGAUGUCUCGAGGGAGGUAUCAGAUGAAAGUGGAAGGAAAGACGGCUAUGUUGACCAUACUCAGUGUCCAGCCAGGGGACGCAGGGAAAUACAGCUGCAUCAUGGGGGACGAGAAAACCACAGCUGAAGUCAAAGUGAAACCACAACCUGUGACCUUCAAGCGAGAGAUCCAGCGUCUGGUGGCGAAGGAAGGGGACAGCGGCGUUUUCUGCUGUGAGCUCAACAAACCUGGAGCUCCAGUGGAGUGGAGGAAAGGCAGAGCUGUCCUGAAGCCCGGACAGAAGUAUGAAAUGAAGCAAGAGGGACGUCUCACUAAACUGGUUAUCAACAGUAUAGAGGAGAGUGAUGCUGGGAAAUACACCUGCCAGACUAAAGACUCCCAGUCAACUGCUGAGCUAACCGUGCAAGAAUCCCAUGAGCGCAGGCGUCAAAGAGAUUUACCACCAAGUUUCAAGAUGCCACUCGUCAACCAGGAGGUGACGGAGGGCAACAGUGUGGUUCUGCACUGUGAGCUCAACAAACCUGCCCCGUCAGUGGAGUGGACGAGAGGAGGUGAGCCGCUGAAGAACGGAGACAAGUAUCAGAUGAGGAAGAAGGAGCUCCAGGUGGAGAUGAAGAUUGUGGACCUUAGUCUGGACGACAUGGGAGAUUAUACCUGUUUGUGUGGUGACCAGAGCACAACAGCCAGGAUUCUGGUGAAUGAGCAGCCCAUCAAAUUCCUUCAAGAACUGAAAAAUAUCCAGGUGCAGGAGGGUAACGGGGUGACACUGUGCUGUGAGCUCUCCAAACCGGACACUCCUGUGCAGUGGAAGAAAGGAGACAGUUUGUUGACCGGCGGAGAGAAAUACCAGAUGAAGCAGAACGGCCCCACGCUGGAGCUGCUCAUCAGGAAAAGCCUGCCUGAGGACAGUGGCACAUACAGCUGUGUUUGUGAAGACAUGAAAACCACCGCCACCAUCAUCAUCACUGCGAUUCCGGUGACUUUCAAACAGAAGCUGAAGAACCAGGAAGCCGUGGAGGAGGGCAGCGUGAUGCUGCGCUGUGAGCUGUCUAAACCAGGAGUCCCAGUGGAGUGGUGGAGGGAUGCUCAGCUUCUGAAGGAGGGAGACAAAUAUCAGAUGAAGCAAGAGGGCAGGAUGGCGGAGAUGCUGAUUAGAAAUGUAACCCUCGCAGACUCAGGGGAGUACUGCUGCUCUGUUGGCACUGUGGUGACUUCAGCUGACAUCAAAGUAAGAGUGCUCCCUGUAACAUUUACACAAGAGGUUGAGAAUUUGGAAGUGAAGGAAGGGGACAGUGGAGUUUUCUGCUGUGAGCUCUCCAAACUUGGAGCUCCAGUGGACUGGAGGAAAGGCCGAGUUGUCCUCAAACCUGGGUACAAAUAUGAGAUGAAGCAGCAGGGACGUCGCACAGAACUGAUCAUCAACAACGUGGAGGAGAGCGAUGCUGGGAAAUACACCUGCAAGACUAAAGACAGCCAAUCAGCUGCUGAGCUCGCUGUCAAAGCUCCUCCCAUCACGUUCAAGAUGAAGUUAAAGAGCUUGCAGGUGGAGGAGGAGAGCAGUGUGACAUUGAGCUGUGAGUUAUCUAAACCUGGCCUCGCUGCAGAGUGGAGGAAAGGAGAGGAGCGUCUGAAGAAUAAUUUCAAAUAUCAGAUCAAAAGUCGAAACAGCAUCAUGGAGCUGACCAUCAAAAACUCACAGCUGGAGGACAGUGGACUCUACAGCUGUGUCUAUGGCGAUGCCAAGACUACAGCCAAUGUUACCAUUACACCGAUUCCCCUCACUUUUAAAAUGGGUCUGAAGAACCAGGAGGCCUCUGAAGGGGGCAACGUGUCCCUGCACUGUGAGCUGUCCAGGGUCGGGGUGCCUGUGCAGUGGUGGAAGGCCGAGGAUCAGCUCUCUCAAGGCGGGCGGUAUCGGAUGAUGCUGAAAGGAAAUGUAGCCGAGAUGCACAUCAAAAACGUCCAGCCGGAGGACGUGGGACAGUACAGCUGUGUCUUUGGAGAGCAGAAGACAACGGCUGAAGUGAAUGUGCGAGCGGCCGCAUCAGUGUUCUUUGAGAAGGAGCUGGAGAACAAAGUGGUAAUGGAGGGGAAACCUGUGCUGAUGUCUUGUGAAGUUUCCAACGCUAAUGUCCCCGUCACCUGGAAGAGGGACAACAUUGUGCUGGAGGAAGGAGGGCGAUGCAUUCUGAAGAAGAACGGCCCCACGCACUCUCUGGAGAUCAGGAAAUUGCUUCUGGAAGAUGCUGGAGAGUACUGCUGCAUCACCAGAGGCAAGAGGACCACUGCCAAGCUGGUCGUGAGGGAGCGCGUGCGGAUUGUAACCGGGCUGCAGGACGUGACGGUGACAGCAGGGGAGGAUGCAGUGUUUGUGUGUGAGCUGAGCCAUGCUGAUGUGAGUGAAGGUGUCUGGUGGCUCGGAUCCAGCCCCCUGCAGAGCAAUGAGAUGAACCAGAUGACGUGCCGGGGUCGAGAGCACCGACUGGUCCUCACCAUGACAACACCGGAGGAAACGGGCACGGUGGCGUUUGUGAUUGGGGAAGAGCGGACCUCUGCCUGUCUGCUAGUGGUCGCUAAGCCCAAAGUUUUAUUCGAGGAGAAGCCACAAGACGUUGUGAUCAUGGAAGGAGAGACAGCCACCUUGUCCUGCACGAUCUCUGACUUUACCUCCACUGUUAUCUGGAGACGGAACCACAUUCCCCUGAGCAACAGUGAUAAAUAUGACUUACGUAAACAGGGAAAAGUCAACCUACUGGUUAUCUGUGACGUGGAGCCUCUUGAUACUGGCAUAUACUCCUGUGAUACAGGAGACAUGCAGAGCAGUGCCAAACUCAGCGUUACAGAGCUCCCUCCAUUCUUCCAGGAGGAACUGCAGAGUGUGGAAGCAACAGAGGGAGGUUCGGCCUCGCUGUUCUGUGAGCUGUCUAAACUGGGAGUGCCGAUUCAGUGGAAGAAGAACAGGCUGCCGCUGAGAUCCAGCAGGAAGUACGAGAUGAAGCAGGACGGCUGCCUACUACAGCUGCACAUCAAGGAGCUCAGACUCGAGGACAGUGGCAGCUACUCAUGUGAGGCAGGAAGUGUAGAGACCACUGCGGCGGUGACAGUGAAAGAGCUGCCGCCAUUCUUCAAGAAAGAGCUGAGAAGAGUGGAGGCUGAGGAGGGACGAGCAGCCUCCUUGUGCUGUGAGCUGUCUAAACCUGGAGUGUCAGUGCAGUGGAAGAAGAGCACCCUACCACUUAGGGCCAGCAGGAAGUACGAGAUGGAACAAGAUGGCUGCCUCCUUUAUCUUCAGAUCAAGGAGCUCACACCUGAGGACAGUGGCAGAUACACAUGUCAAGCAGGAAGUGCAGAGACCACUGCGACUGUGACAGUGAAAGAGCUCCCACCAUUUUUCAUAGAGGAACUGCAAAAUGUGAGGGCAGAGGAGGGAUGUUCUGCCUCCCUGUGCUGUGAGGUGUCUAAACCUGGGCUGUCAGUGCAAUGGAAGAAGAACAAGCUGCCAUUGAGAGCUGGCAGGAAGUAUGAGAUGAAACAAGAUGGCUGCCUCCUCCAGCUGCAGAUCAAGGAGCUCAACCCUGAGGACAGUGGCAGCUACACAUGUCAAACAGGAAGUGUAGAGACCACUGCGACUGUGACAGUGAAAGAGAUCCAACCAUUCUUCAAUGAAGAAUUACAUAAUGUGGAGGCAGAGGAGGGAGGUACAGCCUCACUGUGCUGUGAGGUGUCCAAACCGGGGCUGUCAGUGCAAUGGAAGAAGAACAAACUUCCACUGAGAGCAAACAGGAAGUAUGAGAUGAAUCAAGACGGCUGCCUCCUCCAGCUGCACAUAAAGGAUCUCAAACCCGAGGACAGUGGCAGCUACACAUGUCAAGCAGGAAGUGUAGAGACCACUGCGACUGUGACAGUGAAAGAGAUCCAACCAUUUUUCAAUACAGAAUUGCAGAAUGUGGAGGCAGAGGAAGGAGGUACAGCCUCACUGUGCUGUGAGGUGUCCAAACCUGAGCUGUCAGUGCAAUGGAAGAAGAACAGAUUGCCACUAAGAGCAAACAGAAAGUAUGACAUGAAACAAGAUGGCAGCCUCCUCCAGCUAUACAUAAAGGAUCUCAAACCUGAGGACAGUGGCAGCUACACAUGUCAAACAGGAAGUGUGGAGACCAGUGCAACUGUGUCAGUGAAAGGUGAGUGUGCAUUAGUGGACUGACUGUAUCAGGACAUUCAUUUUAACAAUGGUUUCCUACAUAAACUAUAUUAUGAACCCACCAACCUAAUAGGAAGCCUGGAGAAAAAAAACUAAGGUUUUCAAAAAUGUCGGUUCCACUGAGGUUUAAAGCUUCAUCCAAUUUUACAGAUGUUCGAUGCAGUUUAUUCUUGCUUCUUGUUUCCAGAACUCCCUCCAUCUUUCAAGACAGACUUACAGAGUAUGGAGGCUGAGGAGGGAGAUGCAGUCACCCUGUCCUGUGAAGUAUCUAAACCUGGUCUGCUAGUGCAAUGGAAGAAGAACAGACUAUCACUGAGAGCCAGCAGGAAGUACAAGAUGAAGCAGGAUGGCUGCCUCAUUGAGCUCCACAUAGAGGAGGUCAAACCUGAGGACAGUGGCAGCUACACAUGUCAAGUAGGAGCUACAGAGACAUCUGCAACCGUGACAGUGAAGGAGCUUCCUCUAUUCUUCAACAAAGAAUUACAAAGUGUUGAAGCUGAGGAGGGAGGUGCAGCUUCCCUGUCCUGUGAGGUGUCUAAACCUGAAGUGUCAGUGCAGUGGAAGAAGAACAAUCUGCCACUGAGAGCCAACAGGAAGUAUGAGAUAGAACAAGAUGGCUGCCUCCUCUACCUGCACAUCAAGGAGCUCAAACCUGAGGACAGUGGCAGCUACACGUGUCAAACAGGAAGUGUAGAGACCACUGCGACAGUGACAGUAAAAGAGCUGCUGCCAUUCUUCCACAGGAAAUUAAAAAAUGUGGAGGCAGAGGAGGGAAGUACAGCCUCCUUGUCCUGUGAGGUGUCGAAACCUGAGGUGUCAGUGCAAUGGAAGAAGAACAAUCUGCCACUGAGAGCAAACAGGAAGUAUGAGAUUAAACAAGAUGGCUGCCUCCUUCACCUGCACAUCAAGGAGCUCAAACCUGAGGACAGCGGCAGCUACACAUGUCAAACAGGAAGUGUAGAGACCACCGCAACUGUUACUGUCAAAGGUGUGUGCAAUUUGGCAAUGUGCAACAAAAUAUUACCAUAUCAACAAUACUCUCAGGCCACAGAGAAGUAAUCUUAUUGUAAUUUAAAUUCUGUUUUGUGAGGGAUUCAAGUUUCUGGGAAUAAUCUUAGGAGACACAUCUGGAAAUGUCUUAGGCACAAUUUCAAUGAUGUUAAUACACUGUCCCCCUCUUUCUGACAAUGUUUCACAGAGCUUACCCCAUUCUUCAAGAAGGACUUGCAGAGUACGGAGGCUGAGGAGGGAGGUAAAGUCUCCCUUUCCUGUGAAGUGUCUAAACCUGGUCUGUCAGUGCAGUGGAAGAAGAACAAUCUGCCACUCAGAGCAAACAGGAAGUAUGAGAUGAAACAAGAUGGCUGCCUCCUCCAUCUGCAUAUCAAGGAUCUCAGACCUGACGACAGUGGCAGCUAUGCAUGUCAAGCAGGAAGUGUAGAGACCACCGCAAGUGUAACUGUCAAAGAACUCCCUCCAUUCUUCAAUCAAGAAUUACUUAAUGUGGAGGCAGAGGAGGGAGGUACAGCCUCACUGUCCUGUGAGGUGUCCAAACCUGGGCUGUCAAUGCAAUGGAAGAAGAACAAACUUCCACUGAGAGCAAACAGGAAGUAUGAGAUGAAACAAGACGGUUGCUUCCUCCAGCUGCACAUAAAGGAGCUCAAACCCGAGGACAGUGGCAGCUACACAUGUGAAGCAGAAAGUGUAGCAUCCAUUGCGUCUGUGAGAGUGAAAGAGAUCCAACCAUUUUUCAAUACAGAAUUACAGAAUGUGGAGGCUGAAGAGGGAGGUACAGCCUCACUGGGCUGUGAGGUGUCCAAACCUGGGCUGUCAGUGCAAUGGAAGAAGAACAAUCGGCCACUUAGAGCAAACAGAAAGUAUGAUAUGAAACAAGAUGGCUGCCUCCUCCAGCUGAACAUAAAUGAUCUCAAACCUGAGGACAGUGGCUGGUACACCUGUGAAGCAGGAAGUGUAGAGACCAGUGCAACUGUAACAGUUAAAGAACUCCCUCCAUUCUUCAAAAAGGACUUACAAAGUAUGGAGGCUGAGGAGGGAGGUGCAGUAUCCCUCUCCUGUGAGGUAUCUAAACAUGUGCUGUCAGUGCAAUGGAAGAAGGACAGACUGCAGCUAACAGCCAGCAGGAAGUACAAGAUGAAGCAGGAUGGCUGCCUCCUCGAGCUCCACGUUGAAGCGCUCAAACCUGAGGACAGUGGCAGCUACACAUGUCAAGCAGGCAGUGCAGAGACGACGGCAGCUGUGACAGUGAAAGAGCUGCCUCCAUUCUUCAAGAAAGACUUAGUAAAUGUGGAGGCUGAGGAGGGAGGUGCAGCUUCCUUAUCCUGUGAGGUGUCGAAGCCUGGAGUGUCGGUGCAAUGGAGGAAGAACAAUCUGCCACUGAGAGCAAACAGGAAGUAUGAGAUGAAACAAGAUGGCUGCCUCCUCUGUCUGCAGAUCAAGGAGCUCAAACCUGAGGACAGUGGCAGCUACACAUGUCAAACAGGAAGUGUGGAGACCACUGCAAAUGUGACAGUGAAAGAGAAUGAGAAUUCUGGUCUCCCAGAGGCCAAACCUGUUCCUCCUGAGCCCAAAAAGAGAGCUAACAGGAAAGCAUCUAUUACAAAUUCAGAAAAAGAUGUUGAGCCAUUGAUGGAUCUGAAAAAGUCUCUGGGGGAGAAUAAAGAAGACCAAAAGGGAAACCACGUUGUGAAAUCUAUGGAGAACGAUUUUGAUAGUGUGCACAAUACAACACAACAUGAGAAGAAUGAGGAGAAAGCGGAUAAGUCUGUGAGUUUACUGGAGACGGAUAUCCGGCCGGUCGAAGAGCCAGGAAGAUCUAUGGAAUCAGAAACGGAAGUGUUGCUUGAACAGAAACAACCCAGAAGGAAUUCAGAGGACGCAGUUCAAGCCGAUCUUCAAUUACGUCAGUCAGAGAGGAUUCUGGGUGACGCUGUGGUUGAACAGACAAAGCCGGUAUUAAUGUAUCAGGAAAGGGAAGGUGGUGUUGGGCCGAGCUUAAAACAACCAGGAAAGCCUUCAGAGGUAAUAACUGUGGUUGAGAAGAAGUCGAAACCUCCAGGAAUAAUCCAGUGGAAAGACGGUGAGGAAGAGCCUGUGAAGCAGCCAGAAGGGUUAAUGGGGAAAGAAACAAAGCAACAUGUGAAGUCUACAAUGAAGGAAGGUGACGAGACAGAAGAGGAACCUUUAAAACCACCAGUCAGAUCUAAAGCAAAGACAGCAGAGAGAAAACAAUCAUCUGCGUUUGUUGUGAAUAAAACUGAGGAGGUAAUUCCCCAUGCAUUAGACACAAUUGUAAACGAUUCACAGAAAGACCACGAACAGAGAGAGAGUUUAAAACAACAAGAGGCAGGAAGAGAAAAAAAGCCACUGGUGCAGGUUCCUGUAAUUCGCUUGGACAAAGCUUCAUUAGAACAACAGGAAAAACCUUCAGAAAGAGAGGCUGAGGCUCCAAGACCACCUGUGAGGAUAAAAAGUAAAGCAAAGGGAGGAACAGAGAGACAACUAUCAAGGGACACAGAGACAGAUCACGAAGGACAAGAGCUAACAGGAGGUGUAGCGAAAAUAAAGGAUGAUCAGCCAAUAAGGCAGUCAGAAAGACCUGUGGUUAAAGAGGUCAAAGAGAAGCCCAGAUUUGAGAGGAAACUGUCAGUAACAACAGACACUAAGACGGACGAGAAAAUCAGGCAGCCCGUGAAAGCUUCAGAGAAAGACGAAAACACCAAACAGACGAUAAAACAACCGGUGAAACCCAUUAGAAAGGAAACUGGAGCUGACAAGGAAAUUAAAUUGGCAGUCGAGCCCACGAGAAGGGAGGAAGGGCCACAGACGAUGAAGAAGCUGGAGGAUGUUCCCCUUCUCUACAUUUCUGAGGAUGAAACUUUCUUAGAGGCUUUGACCGAGAUACCGGUGAACCACAGCAAGAUCCAUCCCAUUGCUUCUGUUACUGAGGGAUCAAACCAAUCCUCUAGUCCUCCUCCGAUUAAUGUCCCCCAGAAGACGCCACCAUCCGAGGAGGCUUCACCAGAGUUCGACAUCAGCGUGGAGGAUGAGCCACAAUUGCAAGAGGCUGCAGUUAAGAUCCAGGCUGCAUUUAAAGGAUUCAAAGCCCGCAAAGAUAUGCGACCUGUCUUUAAAGAGGUGUUCAAGAACCAGAGUGCAGAUGUUCAUAGCACACUCACUCUAGUGUGUGUUGUGGAAGGGAAACCCAGCACAGUGCGCUGGCUGAGAAAAGCUACAGAAAUCACUAAUGACCACCGCUGCCGUUCUAGAACCACAGCAAAUGGCGACUGCACGCUGGUGAUCAAGAACCUGACCACGAGUGACAGUGGAAUCUAUACGUGUGAGGUGGUGAAUAAGUUUGGUGUAACCUCCUACAAUGGAAACGUCACAGUAGUGCAGCCUCAGCAACCUGCUCCUGAAGCCCAGAAGACUGUACACCCACCGCUUGCAGCGAUAACUCCUCUGCAACUUGCAGCACCGACGCCCCAGAGUCCAGGACCGAUUCCAACUGCAGCUACAGAUGCUGCGAACUAUGUAGAAAGUGUGAGCGUCUCUCUGUGGGAGGCCUACAACCUGACGGAGCAGGAUUUACCAAUGGGUCUGCAAGAAAGGAGAGGAUCAUCUCUUAUUGCUGCCAGCUCCAUGUCGAGUCCGUCUGAUUAUGACACAGCUCCUGAUAUAAUGGAACCUGUUGAGACUAGUCCUGCUGUUCCAAGGGAAGAACCAAUUGCAGAAGACCAAGUAUCUCCAAAGGUUGAUAAAGAAGAGAUAGCUGCUCCACAACCUCCUAAGCAACUGCUGAAGGUCAUAGGGGCUCCUGAUGGCAAAAUGAGGAUACAAUCUCCAAAGCACCAUCGUGCCCACACACCCUUAGCUAGUACCGUCUCUGGAUCAGAAUCAGAAGGUGAAGAGGACAGCAGAGAGACGUUUGAAAUGUAUGUGGCUCGAGCGGACUGCAGUCCUAACAAUGGGAAUAAGGACAGUUUUAUUCUGAAGGAGGGUCAGUUUGUGGAGGUGCUGGACUCUGUUCACCCUGACAGGUGGCUGGUGAGGACCAAGCCCACCAAAACUAGCCCCGCUCGACAAGGAUGGGUGUGUCCAGCCUAUCUGGAGAAGAAGAGAAGGGAGACUUUCCCACAAGUUAGAGCACCUCAAGAGGAUCUUGAUGGAAUAGGGUCUUCAGGAGAAGAGUACAGGAGAGCUCUGAGUCAAUUGGUCCAAGGCCUGGUUGAUGGAGAGGAGGAGUUUGUGAAGGAGAUGAAGACAUUCACCUCUCACCAGCUGAAUUAUCUGGACACUAGUCGCCACAUCCCCACUAACAUCCUCGCACAGAAAGAGAUAAUUUUCAGAAAUAUCAAGGACAUUGUGUUGCUGCAUGACAGAUCCAUCCUGCCUGGCCUAAGAGGCUGUGCCACAGAUGAUGAUGUGGCCAUGCAUCUGAUCCAGCACACUGAAGACUUUGAGAAGUAUCUUCACUACAUAGUGGGACAAGCACAAGCAGAAGCCUGCGUCGCUGACAAGGCUACCCAGCAGUAUUUCAAGGAGUUAACAGAGUCUAGUCAGCGUGAUGCUCCCUACAUGGAUGUUCUCACCUUCCUCCAGAGACCAGUGGAGAGGAUUCAAACCUACCAGGCUUUACUGAAGGAGUUGAUAAAGAACAAAGCCAAAAGUGGUCAGAGCUGCUGUCUGCUGGAGGAUGCCUUCUCCAUGGUGUCCUGUCUGCCCUGGAGGUCUGACAACCUGCACCAGGUGUCCCUCAUCGAGAACUACCCUGCUCCUCUAACUGCCCUGGGUGAACCUGUGCGACAGGGAGUCUUCACAGUGUGGGAGGAUACUCCAGAAAUGAAGACGGCCUCUAGAGGGCAUCAGAGACAAGUCUUUCUCUUCAAGGACUGCAUUGUGCUGUGUAAACUGAAAAGAGACACGCGCAUUAACAGUGUCACCUACACCUUCAAGAACAAAAUGAAGCUGAAUGACGUGGAAAUAAAGGAGAUUGUGGUCGGGGAUGAAAAGUCCUGGGGUUUAUGGCACGAGCACAGGGGCUCAGUGCGCCGGUAUAAGCUGCAGGGCCGCUCCGCACUGGCUAAACUCCCCUGGCUCAAGGACCUGAAGGAGCUCCAGCAGCGCUCCAGUCUGCCCACCAACAGUCCACCAGUGUUCGAGUCCCUGUUGUCUGACUGCUUAACAAAGAUAGGACAGACUAUUAAACUGACAUGCAAGGUCACAGGAUCGCCCAAACCAGUGAUCAGCUGGUUCAAAGAUGGCCAUCCUCUGGAGGACGACCCCCGUCAUAUUAUCACAGCCGACCGCUCUGGCACCUGCAGUCUCAUCCUGGACAGCCUCACUGCAGACGACUCCGGACAGUAUACGUGCUACGCUACCAGCUCCAUGGGCGCUGCUGGUACUCUGGCUAAGGUUGUGGUGCAGGCUCCACCCAGAUUUGUGAGUCGGCUGGAGAGUGCGUGUCUGAUAGAAGGAGAGGAUAUCCAGUUCAUUUGUUCCACGCUCAGCACUCCGUUACCCAGAAUCAGGUGGUUGAAGGACGGCAGAGAGUUGGCUGACCGGCAAAAAUAUUUUAUCCUGAAUGAUGUUCGGAGUGGAAUAUUGUGUCUGACAAUCAUCAGGGCAACAGAGGCGGAUAUUGGACAGUACGAGUGUGAGCUCUGGAACGAGUUUGGCUGCGUCAAGUGUAAAGCUGGCCUGUGCCCGGCUUAUGUGCCACCGACUGACGAUGAGAACGACCAACCUCAGGACUUACCUCCUAAAGAUGCAGACUCAGAGGGCUGGUCCACGGCCUUUGUGAAGAAGUGGUUACAGACUGAUUUUAGCCCCACUUCUAUCGCCAAGAUGCUUUUCACUCCUGGAAACCCUGAACAAGCAGAGUGCAGCACUGAAGAGACUGUUCCCGCCACCACACCCAUGGAUGAGUCGGUUCAGCAGCAUCUCUACCUGGAGGAAGUGGAGGAGGAGAUUUACAUCUCUGAACCCAUGCAAGAAAUUACAGAUGCUCCUCCCUCCAUCCAGGUGCCCACUGAAGACCUGUGUGUAGAUCCUGGUCAAUCAGCUACGUUUACUACCAUCAUCACAGGGAGGCCUGCCCCUCAGAUCCAGUGGUACAAGGAUGAAGACGAGCUUGCAGCCAAUGAGAAUGUGGAGAUGGCACAGCAUGGGGCCCGCUGCUCACUGACCGUAGUGUGCCCCGAGGGCGAAGACAGCGGCACAUACACCUGCUUCGCCUUCAACAGCUCUGGUCAUGACUCGUGCCAGGCUCAGCUCACAGUGGAGGAAGGUCCACUGGAGUGUCAGGAGAGAGAGGUGGAGCUGGGGAAGAGAAGGAAGUUGUUCUCUGUCUACGAUGUUCAUGAGGAAAUUGGAAGGGGAGCGUUUGGAGUGGUGAAGCGUGUGGUCCACAGAAGAACAGGUGAGGUCUUUGCUGCCAAGUUCCUGCCUCUGCGGAGCAGCACACGGACGAGGGCCUUCCAGGAGCGAGACCUGCUCUCCCGUCUGGCUCAUCCCCGAGUGGCCUGUCUGCUGGACUUCUUCUGCACCAGACGCACUCUGGUGCUGAUCACAGAAAUCUGCUGUUCUCAUGGACUUCUGGACCAUUUAUUACUGAGAGGAUCAGUCUCAGAGAAAGAGGUUCAGUCGUACAUCCAGCAAAUCUUUGAAGGUGUUGGCCACAUUCACAGCAUGAACAUCUUGCAUCUGGACAUUAAACCUGAUAAUAUCCUCAUGGUAUAUCCACCCAGAGACGAGAUUAAGAUCUGUGACUUCGGCUUUUGCCAAGAAAUGGACACAUCCAGACACCAGUACAGCCUGUUUGGAACACCUGAGUUCAUUGCACCUGAGAUCGUUCACCAAGAGCCAGUCACUGGGGCCACUGAUAUUUGGGCUGUGGGGGUCAUGGCUUAUCUCUGUCUGGUGUGUCGCUGCCCGUUUGUGGGUGACACAGACCGUGCGACACUGCUGAGAGUGGGGGAGGGGACCCUGAACUGGGAAGCGCCUGAUGUCACCAGCAGGAGCCCAGAGGCCCAAAGCUUUCUCCACCUGCUCCUUCAACCAGAUCCAGAGAGGCGACCGUCUGCCUUUGAAUGCUUGAGCCAUGAAUGGUUUCAGGAUGAAAAUGCUGGAGAAGACACUGAGGAAAUUAACACAAAGAGUUUGAGAGUAUAUAUCUCAAAAACAAAAUGGCAGCGGUCUUUGACUUGCAUCGGGUCAGUCCUCACGUUGAGGCCCGUGCCCGAGCUGCUGGACGCUCCUCUCAGAGAGACGGCGGUGACUGUGCCUCGCGAGCUGCAGGAACACAGCAGCACCUCGGUCAGCAGUGGCUCCUCCUCCGAAUACGAUGAAGCUGACUCCUGGGACUUUUUCCAGCACUACAGCCCGACCGAGGAGGAGGAAGAGGAGGAGACAGAGGAGGAUUAUGAUCCUUUAAUGGAGAGAGCACAGAUCCCAGAGCCUUUCCCCAAACUCCACCUAGGUGCGGAGGAAGAGGAAGAGAUGACAUUAGGGGAGGAAGAAGAUGGGGAGAUACUAGGAAGGAGGAGUGUGUUAGAGAGGAGUAUGAGCAGGCAGUCGGUGGCCUCAUCGGAUGCAUCUUGCCAACAGACACCUCAGAGGGAGCGUAGGUUCAGCAAGGACAGCAGUCCAUCUCUCCACCUAUCUGACUGGGAUGAGGGCUCGGGAAGUGAUGGAGGUCGUAUCCCUCGGGGCAGCGUGAUCCGAAGUACUUUCUACAGCAGCUCUCAGCAGCUUUCACCCAUGUCUGCUAGACACAUGUCAUUACGGGACAAAUUCCAGGCCAGAAAACAGGAGAGAGGCCGCAAACCACUCAGGAGGAGCUUUUCAGGACGCCUCAAUGAGCCUCUGAUUGAAUACGUGGAGGAUGAGACAGAAACUAACCGUGGUCAGAGACGGGGAUCCAUCCAAGCCUCGAUACAGAAAUCCUGCUCUUUCGACAGCGGAGUUGGUCUCGCCCACGGCAACGUGCCCCCUCACAGGAGGAGCAGGUCCCUGGAUGAGUAUUCACGUCGCUCCCCCAGCUCCCCCCCGCGCACAAAGCCGGGUGACGAAGAAGGCUCUCAAAGUCUGAAGGAAGAUUUUACAGAUGAUGAAGUGGCAGGGAGGAGGGUGUUGCCCAUUCCGAGUCCACGGCGCCCCACAAGAAGAAGAGGCUCCGUCGCUCCUGUACAUGGAGCUCACACACUGGGUGCAACACCUGCUCCUUCAAACUUCCUUGCUGGAAACAGGACGGGCAACAGACAGGAUAGGGAGCAGACAGAGAGAGGAAACACCCCUAGUGGCUCCAUGGGUUCAUUGGCUGAAUCAUAUAUUUUGGAGCCCGGUGGUUCAGAGUCUUCGAGCAGACUCGGCUCCUAUGAGGAGCUGAGUCAUGGCCAUCUCAGAGGAAGAUACAGAUCAGGAGACAGUGAAGAGUAUGAUGAUCACCAGGAGCCCCUGCUUUCAUCAUCCUCCUGCUCAUUCCAAGAAGUCAAACCCAGAGGCCCGUUUCCACAGGCACCGCCGCGUAACCGCACCCGCUCCAACCCCAGCUUAUCGCCGAGCCCCAGUCCCAGCCUCUCCUCCCUCCAGGCUCCAGAGAGGCCUCCCAGAGUCAGGGACAAGAAGGAAGCUCAAGGCCUCCAGAGGCAUGCAUCAGCUCCAGCCCUGGAACUCCAGCAGCCCACAGGAAAGUCACCCAGGCUGGGACUGCUGAAGAUCUUCCGCAGGCAGUCGUGGACUGGUCACUCUUACUCUCAACUGGACGACCCGGAGUUAGGACCCACGUUAGGAGAGAUCAUGAAGCCUGAUACACCCACCAUGUCUCUGAGGAAGAAAAUGAGAGCUUCAGCCUCCAGCCUGACCAAGCUGUUCUCCAGAUCCUCCAGUAAAGAGGAUGUGAGUAAAGGGCCAAUAGUAAAAGGAUCAUCUGCCAUCCCAGCCGAAAGGGAACAGGGUCUAGAGAGUCCAAAGAAGAGGACAUCCAAAAUCCUGCCUUCUUUCAAAAUACCCAGAUUCAAAAAGCCAAAAGAUCUGCUGGUCCGUCCCAACAAAGCUGACGUGCUCCAGUUAGAUGGAGGCGGAGUCCUGCUGGUUUGGAAACCUGUCAAGUCAAAUGACCCCAUCACGUACUGUGUGCAGUACUGUACAGAUGGUGGGGACUGGACGCUCCUGUCAGAGGAGGUGACAGACAGCAGCUAUGUGGCGAAGGAUUUACCGAGAGGAGCCUCGUACGUGUUCAGGGUCGGCUGCAUCACCAGGACGGGGGCUGGACCUUUCAGUGAAGCAUCAGCUCCUGUCGUAAUGGCGACUCACCCUGAAGAGACUCAAAUCUCUCUCAUUCAAACUGAGACCCUGGGGUCAAAGGUCACUGGAUCAGCACAAAAGAACUUCAGCUUCCUUGCUGAGAUCAACAGGGGUCGGUUCAGCGUACUGAACCUUUGCAGGGAUGUUGAGACCAGCCAAGUGUUUGCUGCAAAGAUCACCCCCUACCAGGCAGAGAAGAGGCAGCUGGUGCUGAGAGAGUACCAGCUGCUGAAGAGGCUUCACCACCCACAUCUGGUGCAGCUGCACACCGCCUACAUCACCUCCCGCUACCUGGUGUUGGUGGAGGAGCUUUGUCCUGGCAAGGAGCUGCUCUACAGUCUGGCUGGCAGAGACCUGUAUGCAGAGUCUCACGUUGCGGAGCUGCUGGUUCAGAUUCUCGGUGCCGUCGACUACCUUCACAGCCGUCGAAUCAUCCACCUGGACCUGAAGUCGGACAACAUGCUGGUGGAUGACAACCGCUUGAAGAUUGUUGACUUUGGCUCGGCUCAGUCCUUCACGCCCGGACAGCCCCUCAACAUAGAGCACAUCGAAGGCCUGUCGGAGAGCAAAGUUUAUAUUGUCCUUCCUAAAGCUCCGGAAAUCCUGGAGGGUCAGGGCGUCGGGCCUGAAACCGAUAUCUGGGCCGUUGGGGUUCUGUCAUUCAUCAUGUUGAGUGCCGACAGUCCGUUCCAGGAGGAGCAAGACAAAAAUAUCAAGAAGGGGAAGAUCCAGUUUGGAUGCUGUUACCCUGGUCUGUCAGAGGGAGCCUUAAACUUCAUGAAGAGCAGCCUGAAUAACAAAUCAUGGGGGAGACCCACUGCAGCCGAGUGCCUCCAGAACCCGUGGCUCCGGGCUCAUCGUGUUCCUCACAAAGUGCGACACUCCAAGGUGUGUUUCUCCACCGACAAACUCAAAGCGUACCUCACACAGAAGGAGGAGAAACGAGAGCUGGUCCGCACCAAGCUGCAGGGUCCCUUCUUCCAGUAA